AACAACUCAAAGGUGUGGAGUUGUCUCCAUUUAGAACUGUAGGAGAAUAUUUUAACGAAAUACCCACAAACAAUGACAUCCAUAUUAUCGUACAAGCACCUGCCACUACUGGUCAAGAGCGUAUUAAUAUACAAAAUCAUAAUCUUGGUUAUCUGCCUCGGCAAGAUGGUCUUGGUGGUACAAAACUACUUUAUUCGGCGAAUCAUGAAACUUUCGAGGGUAUAUCUCUUACCGACCCUGACAUUAGCUAUAGAUCCAAAGUUGUAUUUUCGUUAGUCGAAGAGCUUAUAAAGAGAAAGAUCAUACUUGUCCGGGCUCCUCCCUACUCUGGAAAAACAUCAUUAUCCCAGCUUAUGGAAUAUCAUUUGGUUAACUCGCCAGGAUAUUCAAAGUAUAGAAUAAUAAGAGUUUCGAUGCUUUGGGGAUCAGUUGUGGGAGUGGAUUGCAGUUGGGAGACGUUUGGAGAGCUAUGGAAGAGGGUUAUCGGUGUAAGUUGGAUUGAAUGGAUAGGACAGUGCCAACGAGCUCCAACGAUUUUAAUAUUAGACGAAGUUCAACUGAUAUACAAACAAGAGCGUGGAAUUGACGAAAAUAAGAAAUCGAGUGCAGAUGUAUUUUGGAAAACUAUCAAGGGUUGUCUUCAAGAAAUGACAAACAUUUAUAUUAUUAUGUUUGGAGCAUACGUAUAUCAUAGUGCCAACUCUGCAGGACUUUCGACUCCUGUUGAGAUACCACCAUCGAAAUGCAAAGGUCUUAUGGAUAUCAAAUUUACUUACGAGGAGUCAAAAGAAUAUGUUGAAAGGUUCUGCGAAAAAUACUUCCGAUUAAACCCUCACGACGUCUCACAAUUUAGUGAAUAUAUUCAAACAACGACAGAGGGACAUGUGGGUUUGAUUUUUCACAUAUUGCGAUAUACAAAAGAGGCAAUGGAGCGACGGAUUCGUGAAAAUGUGUUGACUUGGAAAGACAUAUUUGCGUACCUGAAUUCACAUGAUUUCAAUUUGACACUUGAUGCAUGCCGUGCUUCACCCAAAGUCAAAAGUUUUUCUCGUGAGCAAUUGGUAAUAUGCGAACAUGUUUACUUAAAUGGGAAGAUUCUUUUCAGACCUCACGAUAUGAACACUCAGUGUUUAGUCAAAUCUGGCAUUCUUGUGGUUAAUGAUGGACGUCUAUAUUUUUCAGCACCUCUCAUUAAGCGAUCAUUUUUCCAGCAAUGUUAUGGAAGUCAAUACAGUGCCGAAACUACACCUCCAUCAUUAUAUCAUUUUAUUGUGAAGAUUUUCACAGCAAUGUGUAAUGGACAAAGCAGCAAAAUUUUAAGAGAUGGAAGCCCUUUAGAACAAACAUUGCAAAAAGAAUUUUAUAGAAUCGGAACACAAGUAUUAGGGAUGGGUCAUUUUCUAUCAUGUGACGUGGGCGCAGUUUUUGGAUGUGAUGGAUAUAUCGAUUUUUAUGUGGAUAAGUUGGACUGGGCAAUAGAGCUUUUGAGAGAUGGUAAGGAUAUGACCGAACAUAGUAGGAGGUUUGAACCUGCAGGAGAAUAUGAAGAGAUUGUUAGAUAUGCGAAGAGUAUAGCUAUUAUUGAUAUUCGCAGUGAAUCGAAGAAGGUUCGAAAACUGCAGAAGGAUUUCAUACACGUAUCAUGCUCCGAAAAUUAUAAUGCGUUCAAGAUAGAAUGUUUGGGCAAAGAUCCUUUGACUGUUAAGAUUCGAGAUUAG